AUGGCUUCAAGUGGAAUAGCUACAACUUUACUACCUUUAGGCAGAAUUGCACAUUCAAGGUUUGUAAUUCCAAUUGAUAUUAAUGAAGAUUCCAUGUGCAACAUAUCCCAAAGUUCACCAUUGAGUGAGCUUAUCAGGUGUGCCAAAUUGAUUAUUUGGGAUGAAGCCCCAAUGGUGAAACCUUUUUGUGCAAAAGCUGUUGAUAGGACAUUCAGAGAUAUAAUGAAGUGUAAUCGUCCCUUUGGAGGCAAAUGUAUUGUCAUGGGAAGAGAUUUCAAACAAAUAUUGCCUGUCAUCCCAAAAGACUGGCUUUUGGAUAUUGGUGAUGGUUGUAUUGGUUUACCUCAUGAUAGAAUGACAGAGAUAGAAGUCCCUGAUGAUUUUUUAAUUAUGGACUGUCAUGAUCCUCUGCAGUCGAUUGUCAAAGCCACAUAUCCUGAUCUCUUACAUCAUUUAGCUAAUUCCGAAUAUCUCACUAAUAGGGCUAUUUUGACACCGACAGUUGAAGUGGUUGACCAAAUUAAUGACUAUGUGUGCUCCUUACUGCCUGGCGAGCCUAUUGAAUAUUUUAGCUCUGAUUCUGUGAGUACAGCUGAUCAAGGUUGUACAUCAUUUCAAGAGUUGUAUACUAUCGAAUUCUUGAACACAAUAAAAUGCUCUGGCUUGCCUCCACAUAGACUUGUAGUGAAAAUUGAAGUUCCCAUAAUGCUGGUGAGAAACAUAGAUCAAGCUGCAGAACUCUGUAAUGGCACAAGACUAAAGAUCACAUUUCUUGGUAAAUAG